UCAUUAAGCUCCCAGCCGCCUUGGUUGCAAGUUGUGUUUCCCGGAUUCCCAUUUCGCUCCAAGCUAGCAACUAUCUAUACACUAUGAGUCUUUCUUCGGUGGCAAGCACCAUUCAGCAUGGCAAAAAGGAAGCUCGCAAUGGGCUCAGUAUCAACAAUAAACUAGUGCAGGCCCUGAUCAUCCUGGUGGCCUGUGUCCUCUUUGGAGCCAACAUGAACUACGCCUCCUUUCCACCUGGCACUGUCAUCGAUAUCAAGUUGGGUGAUGUCGCCCUCGAGCAGUUCAGUUAUACGCCAACCCGCGAUGGAUACGAGUUCAACUACACUCUUCCUGAUGGAACUUUUCGUGAUGAGAUUGCCAAGGUCUUAAGCGGAACUUCGGCGGCUCAGGAUCUGGAAAAUGCCAACAACUUGGCCAAGAACCACCGUCCCUCCCGUGAACAGGGAUUGAAAGUCCGCAAGUUGUCCGGAAAAUCCCUUUCAUCUUUGGCCGGAUAAGACACCACACUAUUUACAAUCCAGCACGAAUUUAUUAAAACAGUUUGCCAUCUGUUUUAGGCUAGCUUAUAAGUUGAGAUGUUACAUUUGUGAGCAAUAAAAACAAUCGAUCAAAAA